AUGCUAUUAGAGCACAGUCUGGAUGACAGCACGUUGAAUAGAAUUUUGGAUAAUAUGAGAAAACAUCGAGGAACAUUUAGCUACCAAGACGAAGUACUCGAAGUGGAAGAAAUCAACAAACGAAACCUUGGGAAAAUGAUCAUACGACACGUCGGACAUGAAGGAGUGGAUGAAAAACCAGAUCUCCGGCGUCUUUUUCAGGCUUGUAUUGAUUACCUACAAACGGAGUCGGAAAGGUUUUGGAGGAAUGCCUCUAUUACCAUUUACGAUGAGGAAGACAACAUGUACAAAAUAGCCAGUGGAACAAAGAAGCACCAAUUCAUCUGUCGGAUGAAGGAUGGAGAACCAUUCAUCAGAGAUAAAAGGGCUGCUUCGGACUACAAAAAGCCCAAGCAGAGUCCUCCUCCUUCUACUCACACGACUCACUGCCAUCAUCAUAAAAAUCAAGAUAAAAGUUGUAUAAUUUCCUAA